AUGUGGGCGAUGGCAGGGUUCCUGACAGGCGCUUGGCUGACUGCGCUGGCCUUCGCGCGGACAGACGAUUGCUGGGGCAACGACAAUUGCGAUGCCAAAGAUGACGAGCAGGCUCUCCUUCAGCGCACGCAUCAAACGAUCCUGCAGCACAAGUCUGGCCAGACGUGCACAGCCCUCCGCCGACGAUCAACGGCUACAACUGCAGGCACUGCUGCCCGGACGAGUGCGACCAGCAGGGCCACCCCGAGUGCUAUGUGGGCGGAGGCGGCGGCGGCACCACGAUUCCCGCCACCCCGAGUACCCCUGGAGACCAGGAGUGCAGCAGCCCUCCGCCAACGAUCAACGGCUACAACUGCAGGCACUGCUGCCCGGACGAGUGCGACCAGCAGGGCCACCCCGAGUGUUAUGUGGGGUGAGGCGGCAGCGGCACCACCGGAGGCGUUCCUGGGAUGCCAGGAGGGUUUUUUGGCAGCUUUCCUGGUGGCUCACCUUGUAGCUUUCCUGACGGGCAGCACUACUGUCGCCAGUUUCUGUCAGACAAUAGGCACUGAGGUUACCGAAUCUCGCAGUCUCUAA